AUGCUCAAUGGCGGCUGUCUGCUUGACAUCAGCGCCCUCAUCGACAUUAGCAUUUGCCCUACGAUUGACAUCGUCAAGGGGUCGAAGCCACACAAAAUUCAUAAUGAGCCCCAGACCAUUUGUGUGACACCAUCUGUUUCCACUCCGAGUGUGAGGCCUUUUCUCACCUCAACUCUAAGCACAUCUACUGUGAAGGCGAUAGCUACAGCAGAUCCCGUACGGACUGGUCCUGGGCUGGGUCCAGGCUCAGGCCCUGGCUCCAACGGUGCAGGCUCUUCGCCGGCUAGCUACUGCUCAAAUCCUCUGGUCGAUGUCGACCUCAUGCUCCUCGGCAUCCUGGAUGUCGAUCUGUCAGUGUACCUGGACCUGUCGCACCUACUGGAUCUCAACAUCGACCUCAACCUCGGAGACCUGCUCAGCGGCAAGACCAAGCCCAAGCUGCCUAAGUCCGUCAAGCACGGCUACAAGCCUACUUGUGGCAAAACCCUGGCCAGCCACCCGAACGCCACCUCGUGCACCGCGACCGACUACAACGACUGCCUUGCCCGCUGCGAGAAGGAUGCUAUCAAGGCUACUGUUGAGCUCGGCAAUCUCGUCGACUGCCUGGGUGUUACGAUCAAGAACGGCAUACACGUCGACAAUUGCUUAACCGUGACCGGAUCCUCGGACAAUCUCAUCGACCUCGACAUCGAUCUGCUCGGUUCUGACGACACUUGUGACUCAUUUGUCUACCAAAAAUGA